GGGGCAUCGUCUAGCCUAGUCGUGAAGUUCGCCGACACAGAAAAAGAAAGGCAGCUGAGGCGGAUGCAGCAAAUGGCUGGUAACAUGGGACUUCUCAACCCUUUCAUGUUCAACCAGUUCGGUGCUUAUGGUGCAUAUGCACAGGUAGAUCUCAAUUUCAUGCAGCAACAAGCAGCGAUCAUGGCCGCUGCAGCACAAGGAGGCUACAUGAAUCCGAUGGCUGCACUUGCCAUUGCGCAGUUGCCUCAGAUGACAACAGUUCCCAACGGACUCGCCAACCCUGCCAUAACCCCGACCUCAGGUUCGGGGACUCAGAGUGUGAAUGGAGGUAUCCCUAACUUGCCUUCCCCUACCAUGCCCGCCUUUAGCGUGCCUCAAGCAAACGGUCAAAGCGGAGAAGUUUACACCAAUGGUAUGCCGCAUUACCCAACUCAAGCUAUCCCCAAUGGGGAUGCUUUGCAGCCCACAGCCUAUCCAAGCCUGCAACCUUAUCCGGGAAUACGUCUUUUCAAUUCCCUAGCUGCGUAUCCGACUCCUUUUGGCCAAUUCGGCCAAGCCCUAACUCCUCAGCCUGCCGUAGUCACCCAGACUCAGAGAGAAGGUACGUACAUUCCUGGUCCGGAGGGAUGCAACCUCUUCAUUUAUCACCUCCCCCAAGAGUUUGGUGACGCCGAGCUCAUGCAGAUGUUCAUGCCCUUCGGCAACGUCAUCAGCGCCAAGGUGUUCAUCGACAGAGCUACCAAUCAGAGCAAGUGCUUCGGUUUCGUGAGCUUCGACAACCCCGCUAGUGCCCAGGCUGCCAUCCAGGCUAUGAAUGGCUUCCAGAUAGGAAUGAAGCGUCUCAAGGUUCAACUGAAGCGCCCCAAGGACGCCAACAGGCCGUAUUAGCGUCGAUUGCCCACCUCUACCGAUCCUUACCUAAUAAAGGUAAUACUGGGUAUUUUUACAAAAAGCCGUCAGUUCACUCAAUUUGGAAAGAAAAUGCCCAGUGUGAAGGAUGUUUAAUUGAAUUGAAUGCCAGCUAUUAGAGCGAGAUCCAAGUUUUAAAGAAAUAUUAGAAAACUAGAAGAUUCGAGAUUUUUUUUCCCUUUCAUCUAUUUUUUAUUUGGCACUGAACUGUUUUUCUCUCCAGUUUUCUGAAGGGAAUAAAAACGUGAAACUGUGAAUAAAAUCCAUCGGAUUUUAUGAUUCGUAGAUAUUACGUUAGGUUUUGCUUGAUAUCCACACAAUGUAGUAGCCAUUCGUAGAUAUAUCCUUAAAGAACAUUUGCUGCUUUUACGAAUGGAAUAUAUUUACAGAAGAAAAAAAACAGAAAAAAUUACCUUUGUUUCCAUGCCAUAGUGAGACCACACUAGUAGAUAUACACAGCACUGUAGAUUUAGUGGAAAAAAAUAUGAAUAAUCAGAAAAUGUAAAGAACAAAACAAAGGAACUACUUGACGUUCUUUGUGGUAUAUAUAAGUAACGUAGAUAAACUCAAGUUUUGUUUCAGAUGAAAGGAAAUUUAAAAUAGACUAAAGAACUUCCCAGUUGAAAACAAAUUUAAAGAGAACGUAGAUUUAGAGAAUAUCUGAUAUAAUCUUAAUGAUAACGAUGAUAUAAACUCUUAUGAUUGGCCACAUCGGAACUCCAAGAGACAGUGGCUAAGUUUUUUUAAUAUUACUACUUUUUUUCCUUUAUCACAGCAGAAGAUGGUAGAAAAUACUGGAAAGAUAAUGAUGAUGAUGCAUAAUGUUAAAAGUCUUACAACCGUCAUAUCAGCACAAGAAACUAUACUAACAUCUGCACUGUUGUGUUCUUCCAACUUUCCUAGCCAAAGAGAGGACUUAAGUAGCUCGAAUGUUACUUUUUGAUGACGUCACGCCAAAUUCUGAUGACGUCAUAAGCCAAAGAACCUAUCCAAGAUUUAAAAAUAAACACUGGAUGAAAAUAUAUUUAUAUGUGUGCGAACGUAACGAUUCAAUCUGACCCACAAUGAAAACAAAACUGUUGUGAGUUUAAAAAAAAAAAAAAAACUGAAAAUGGUUCAAGACUUUGUCCAUGUAAUCACACAUAUAUACAUAUAUGUUUCGCAACAACCAAAGACCUUUACCAGGAACUAAACUAGAAUUAUUGGUUUUCAUUCAAAUGUAUAGAAUGCAGAGUCAACCCACUGUUUCAAAACACUUCUAUCAUCCACCUUUGAAACGUAUUUUACCCCCACUGCACUUUACCCUUUUUAUUUUGGUUUUUACCAUUUGCUUAACAUUUGAAAUGUUUUUGUUUCAUUUUGCGAGUAGCGCAGCGGCCCCUGAUUGUACAACACAGUGCCAAAACUAACGAAGCUUCUUAAAAAUUACAUAAAACUAUUUCUUUUCAAAGUAUUUGAAAACGCUUAAAUAUUAUAUACGUAUAAAUGAUCUUAGUCUAACCCCAUUUAUUUAAUACAAUUCAUUUACAAUGUUUUGUGACCAAAUUCCAAACUAACUUAAAAUUAACUGUAUUUAAUUUUCGGCUUACAUAUACCAGUAAAUAAGUAUAUGUGCAGAAAAUUAAAAACUUUAAUUCGUAAUCUUUACAGUAAAGUAAACAAGUAUUAUAUUUUAAGUGAUAAACAAAAUGUCGGCAUCUGUGGUUCAUACCAGGAGCUGCUGAGCUAAUGUACCAGAUGUGGUACACGCCGUGCGCGAAGAAGCCAAGUACCGGUAACGUUUUGUCCGGUGCUCUCUUUAAACAGGUUGUGACACCUGUAAGAACGUAUUUUCCAAUAAGUUUCAUGAAAGAAUCUUUAGAUAUACUUCCUGCAUCUUUCUAAAUGCUAGAGUAACAACAUUGUUAUAUAUAAAUAUAUAUAUAUAUAUAUAUAUAUUGAUCUUCUGUAUUGUUAUGUUUGAAAUGGAGCAUUCAAGGUUUCAUGAUUUGUUAUGUUUUAUGUUUUCUUUUAUGAAUUGAUUUUUCUAAUUUUGUGCUUGUUUUAAAUUAUCAAUUAUUUGCAAUAUUUUCACUUCUUUUGUGAAAUAAAGGAGUUGCCUAUUGUUUAUGUCUGGGAUUAUACGUAAUUUAUGAACCUGAAAAGCGCUCUACAAUAAGACAUAGGUCAUGAGCGAGUAAAUUUAUUUCAAAUGUCAUUCUCUGUCAUUUUGUUAAAUGAUACUUAAAUUUCUUAAGCUAUGAACGCUGUCUCUCCUCGACUGCACUUAAAGUAAUCCAUAUCAUUCAUAAUUUUAAAAACUUCAUUUGUUUUUUAUUAAAUAACACUUUUAAAGUCAUUUUUUAUCUAAUACUGAUUAAGACUCGUGCCCAAUAAGUCACAAAAUAUCCACUGCAUUUGUAUUGAAAAUAUUUAUCGCUUAAUUUGAUUACAACAAUAGUAUAACUUUUACAUAAAGUAUAAACUCAGUUACAGUGCAUAUUCAAAUAUUACCAAAAGCUAGCCUAUUAAAGCAAAGUAUAUUAAACUAAAAUUGGCCUUUACAAUACUAAUAUAAAUUACUUUCUAUUUUCUAAAACUGUUGGUUAUUCAAAUACUAAAUGCAUCAACAGACCUUAAAUAUUAAAACAAAAAAUUUGCGGAAAUCAAAAUUUUAAUUUGAUUUCCCUAAUGAGUUUAUCGCAAUAUCAAAAUGGGUCUAAUAAAAUCGAGUCCACUGAAUCGAAAUAAUUUUAUUUCUAACAAUUGUUUGAAAAUUUCAGAUAUAAAUCUCAAAUUCUUAAAAAAGCGAAUAGAAAAAAUUUAAAAUAGCAAUCGCGGAUAGCUGACUUUUGAAAUACUUCAUUUUAUUUACUUUCUAAAAAUCAAAUCAAAUACUGAGGGAUUUUUGAAUUAGGGUCGAAUCAGCGAAUUUCCCAGAGUGUGUUAUAUACAGCUUAGCACAAUUUUUUGAAGUCUUUUUGUUUCUAUAAUUUUUAAUUCCUCUUUGUUUGUUGUGCUAUGAAUGAGUUUUGAAUUCGUUUGACUAUGUUCAGGUGAUUUUUGAAAAUGGAUAAAGAAUGACUCUUAAAUGUAAAAAAAUGGCAUUCUGCGUGUUCUAAAAAAUGUAUAUCAGACAUGAUUGCUGGUAACAUCAGAGCAUGUUCGGUACAUAGUGCCAAAACAUCAAUUUUAAACUAUUAUUUUUGCUGUCUUAUUUAUAUAUUCUUAUAUAUUUUUUAGAUUCAUUUUAUUUAUACGGGUAUAUUUUUCAGCAUUGUGUUGUGAGUUAUAAUUUAUUAGUUUUUAUCUGUGAUAUCAAGAUUCAAUUGAAUCCUGUGAAAGUUUUUGCUAAAACGAGCAGAAUAACUAUAGGAAAAUAUAUUAAUUUUUAAUUAGCAGGUAAUUUCAGUAAAAAGAAUUCUUGUUAUAUAAAUUCAUUCUUUAUAAGGAGUAAAUCAUUUUCAUACCAAUGAUAAUUGGCUUCAAUUUUUCAGAACUGGAUUCAGUUUAAUCGUGAUACUUAUUACAUUUUUAGUACUUUUGUACUUGAUUUUAAUGUAUUGAAAAUACAAAAAAAUCGCUUCAAGUGGGGAACAAUCAAAAGAAAACUAUAGCUGAAUCAUUAUAAUCUUAUUCUCAAAGCUUCGCAAGCAGUUGUGUCCAAUUGAUUCACGAAGCAAAAAAAAAAAAAAAAUCCUCCUGCUGCGAGAUAGUACAAUCCAGUACAUUAUCGAAAUUCUGUGACAAAAUCUUUGGAAAGUAUUACUCAUGAUAAUAAUGUGCUUCAAAUCAUCUUGAGAAAGUAUUUGCGAAAAGAAAGCAAGUUUUACAAGAAACUUACUUACCAAUCGUUUUAUCAGAUGGACACAACUGAUUACAAGGCCAUGAAGGACUCAACUGCUUUCUGUAACUUAACAUAUAUCCUUGUACAUUGUACUACAUCCUUUAGCACAACCAGUAUAUUUACUGAUAUAUAAAUGACACCCAAACAUGAACAGACAGUUUAGGAUUCUGAUUGAGAAUUCCUAAAGAUUUUGAACUUCCCCCUUUGGCAGGAAAACUAGUUACGAUCAUGUACGUGUAUUUAUAACUCAUAGUAUAGAUAAGAUAUAUACAUAAUGUAGAUUUUUUGAACGCCGUUGGCCAGGUAAAGAAAGUAGAGUAGAAGAAAAAAAAUGUUUCACUAUAAAAUAUAAAGACAAAAUAUGUUUUCGCAUAAAGAACUGGAAGGUUAUUGAGAGCAGAAGCAACGACACAUAUAUUUCGAGCAACAAAAUAAUCCCAUUUUUAAUGAAAUUAAAUGACAAUUUUCAUCUUUACCUUUGCAUAAUUUUCGGAAUUAAAAUUCGCAAUUUUCCAUUGUGUAAUUUUACGAAAUUAUUUUUCUGAAAAUGCCUUCAAGGCUGACAUCAACGUUUUAGCCUGCAACGUAAGUACCGCAAGAGUUAAUAUCAUUUAAUUAAAAAAGUUAGGUAACAAUUCUACUCAGAAGAUUUCACAUCAAAAUACUGAUAACGUACUUCGGAAAGAAUUUCUACCAGUAUUGCCAUGCAUCUCAUUUGUGGUUGCCACCAUAUAAGUUUUAGUAAAAAAAACUUUUCCAUAAUUUAUAAUAUAUAAUUUUAAUUAAUUUUCCUACUUUAAUUGCAUUUUACAAUAAUGUAUAUUUUUAAUUUGAUUCUGCAAAACCUUUAUACAAAUAUUUUUCUUGUUUGACGAUAUUAUAUUAUGACAUAUAACUUAAUUCAGAAGAACUUGAAAUAAACGGCUUUUCAUAUACAAUUUGCUUCAAAAAGAAUUUUUAUUAUUGUGCCCAGCAUUACAUAGAGUACGAGUAAUCAGAAAAGGUGAAAAAAAAUAAAUAUAAAAGGGAAUAAAAAUAAAUAUUUAAUUUUACUCGCAGUAAUUUUUUGUAAUUUAUAAUUCUAUAACAUGAUAAUUUAUUCUAAUUAUAAAAAUGUUACACAUAAUUUAAUUCACAGAAAUUUGCAUCGUAUGAUCUAUAAUUUGCUUCAGAAGGAAUAUUUAUUAUUGUUGAUGAGCAUUUAACAUUAAGUAAUAAACAUAAAAUACUAAUUUUUAGCCAAAGCAAUCUUUAUUUAUUUAAUACUUGUUAAAUAAUGUUUCGAUGAAUAAAUUAAAUAUUUAAAUUGGCAAUGAUCACAUAGCAUAUAAAUAUUUUAGUAGCUGUUAAAGAAUUGUGUCUUAACCAAGCACCUUUACGAAAACAAUUGUGAAUUGUUCCUUAAAAAAGGGCAAGAAGACGCUCUUUAAUAAUGCAUUAAUUCGCUUCAUAAGUUUGCAACAAACUGAAGACUGAUUAUUUAUUAUUUAAAGCUAUAAUUUUAUUAAGCAAAUCAGGAGAACAUCCAAAUGCUCUAAAUAUUUAUUUAUGCAUAGCAUAAUUAAGAAAAUCUUUAAAAAGAUAAAGACCGAAUUCUUGAUAAAUGUUCGACAGUAUUUUUGCUGAAAGAUAUUUUAAAGUAAAUCUAUGAUCUUGUAUAAAAGAACUGUCAUUAUGGUUAAAUACGCAAAGAAAAAUGAAAAAAAGUCAAGUAAUAUAUCCCCGCAUAUUUUUAUAAAAAGCAACCAGAAUAAUAACUGACAUCAACCCAUCUAGAAAACUCACCACCAAGCAAAGUAUAAUUUCCCAAAAAUUUCCUCCGAAGAGUGCGGAGUUUCAGCGCCUGAAACAAUUCGUCUAAAUUAAGAUCAGUUUAAGAAGAGCAGUUCUUCUUUCUCGACGUGCUUAAGUGUCUUUCUCUUGGUGUGAGAGACAUAAAAAGACUUAAUACAAAAAAAAAAUACUUUUGUCGGGUUUUCAGCUGUAAAGAGUAAUUACGAGAAGAAGGUUAUUAUCGUUUCGUUAAUGAUGCACUUCAUAAAAGGUACAGCUUAAUUACCAGGAACUGAACUCAUAAAAAGAAAAUGGUGGGGAGGGUCAAAAAAGUUCUGAAGAGAGAAAUUGGAAUGAGAAUAAAUAACACUUUUCUACGAAUCUUCAAAGUGCUGAGAAUAAUACUAGAAACAAAAAAAAAUCGUAGGUUAUAUUCGUGAAAAGGUAUGUAUAUGAAAGAUAAAAAUUGUUACUACAACAUUUGACAAACGGAAUUUUGAUUAAGAUGAAUGCCGACUAUGUUUUUCUCUGCAUUUAAAAUUUGUGAUCUAAAUUAGCAUGCGUUUUCCAGUGAGUUAAAAAUGUUAUCUAAAAAUCCUCAAGGGAUAAUAAAUGGGAAAGAUUUAUGAGGUAUCUCAUGGUUUAACAAAUCACUGGUAUAAAUAUUAAGAAAAUGUCUUUCAACGAAAAUUUUAAUGCUUAUGACGGUUUUUAAAACGAGAAAAAUAAUUAUUACUUUUAACGUCAAACAACAUUUCUUUUAUUUAAUGGGAAUAAUUCUUAUUUGAGGGGAAAAAGUAGUAUUGAUUUAGAAAACAAAUAAGUAAAAAAUGCAAUUAUAAAAAUUGCUUUUCUCUAACAAUAAAAAAAAUUCUCAUAGCAAAAUAAGUAAUUAUUUGACAUUUAAAAGUUUGAAAAAUAAGAGAAAUAAAUGUGUUACUUAUUAUUCUUAUUUAUUCAUUGAAUUUUUUAAUAAUUAAAUUUAUUAAUAAUUAGUAAAUCCGAAAGUGCAUCUUUCGACUCGAAAACUUUAAAGCUUAUUACCCAAAAUUCCAUGAUUUCGCAGAAAAUCUAUGAUAGUCUACAUUAUCCUUUAUAUCGAAAAUUAUGGUUUGGAUAACUCAAUAAAUUAUUAAAAAAGAAAUUAUAAUCCAUCUUAAAUGCUAAUGACUUUAGUUAACACAUUCAGAUGUUUUUAUUCGUCAUUAAUUUAAAGCUUUUUCAUUCAAUAAAUUAUUACGCCAAAAGGAACUUUUGUUUCUUACUCAUUAGCUAAACUAUUAUUCACUGUCUUGAAUCCAAAGAAUUUUUUCCAGUUGCAUUAAUUAAAGAAUUAUGAAGCGUUUUGCCCUUCAAAUUUAAUUUAUUCAGAAUGCCUUAUGCCUUUUUAGUAAUGGUAUUUUCAGUUAAUCAAACGGAAAGUUAAAAAAAUACAUUGAAUAUUUGCUUUAUUUAUGAUCAGACAAUCUAUGAUUAUAAAUUUUUUAAUUCUUUUAAUUUGUUUUAGCGAACAAACAGCAUAUUUUUUUAUUACCUUAACUUCCAGUUUUCAUCUUAUUCUACUCAGGUAUUACUUUCAGCAAUAUAAAAAGCUACAAACUAUCACUCAAAACAUUCUUUGACAAACAAGGUUAUCAGCAAAGUUCGCAAAAACGAAAAUGACCUUCCAGCUGGCUUAUUUAACAUACCUAAUAAAAUAUGUUCUAAAAAUAAUAUUAGCUUUCUGAAAUUAAUAAUAUAAAAAUUGCUAUAAAACAGAAACAAGUAGUAUAAAAAAUUUAAUAAAUUUCAAGUGAAUUUUUAUUAUUAUCGUUAUAUAUAAGCAUAUCUACUAAUGAUAUGUCUCGAUAUAUUUUUAAGAAACUUCACCAGUGACAUUUAAGCAUUUAAAUUAGAAUUUGUUGCCUAUCAUUUAUCAUUUAAUUCUCAUUGGAUGCGAGAGUCUUUACUACAAGUAUACAAACAUUUAAUUUAUUGCGAAGUUAUUUUAAUAAUUAACUAUUAUAAUGUUAUAAUAAUUAUAAUUAAUUUUGGAAUACAGAGAGAUAUUUGCUAUUCAAAUAAAAAAGAUCAUUCGAAAUUAAAUUAUACUUCUCGCAAUUAUUUUCAAAUAACAAAUUUAUUUGAAACAUUUGUCCAAAUAGUUCUAUUUUUCACAUUUCUUUAAAGCAAUUCUUUUAUAUCUCGAAAUUAUACCUUUGCUUCUGCUCUCGAUUCAUAAACAAUUCGUAUAUUAGUUGCCAUCCUUUGCCUCUUUAUAUAUAUAUAUAUAGUCCACCAGUGCUGUUGAGAGCACAUAGAAUUUUACACACACUGCUCUAGGAUCUGGUGCCAUAGUUAUUUGUGUGUCUAGUGCAAAAAAAUAACUAAAAAAAAGAAUAAAGAAAAAAUUACCAACAAUUUUACAGAUUUAUAUUUCUUUAAUUUAUUUUUAUUACUAAUUAUGGUAUUUGUUGUUGUUAGAAUAUGAAGAAGGAAAAAAUCCUGAUGAGAACUGUAUAUACCUAUUUGCAUAAAUGUAUAUUGUCGUUAUUUCUGUUACUAUUUUUAUUUUAUUAUAUAUUGGAUUUUGUUAAAAAUUCUGUAUUUGUAUUUGUUAUAAAUGUUUUACAGUCAUAUAGAAAGGGCUACGAAUCAUCUAUCUUGAUAACUUCUAGACAGGCAUGGCUAAAUAAGGAUUUCCACAUUAAGUUAAUUAAUAUUUCAAAACAAUGCCAUUUAUCAAUGUGCCAAAACUAUUAACAUUUUAAAACACUCUAUUAUACAGAAAAUGUCCAUAAUUGCUUGAGUAUAUAACGUUGACUGUUAUUAAAAUUACAUUUACUUAUUAUAAAACCUUGUACCUACUUAGCAUUAAAACUGUAUUUAUUAUACAGAAAAUGUCCGCUUUACAAGAAUAAUUCUAAUUCUUUUAUCCAUUAUGAAGUUGUUUGCAGCAACUAAUAUACAUAAAAGAAAGUAAAUGCAAAUAAACCUAACCAGUUUUUAAUAACUAGACAGAGAAAUCUGAUGUUUCAGUAUAAGAUCAUAAAUGAAAGUAUGACACUGGCGAGUAAGAACAAAUUGUUUACAAAAAAUAUAACAACCUAAUUAUAUUAAUAAAAAAUUUUUUCGGUUUUCAGAAAAUGAAAUUAGAAUAUUUACAAACAGAGCUAAACUAUAUUUGAGAAAACAUGCGGUGGUACGAGUCACUUUGGGUGUAAGUUUCAGUCUUAGAAAAUCUUUUUUUUUUUUUUUAAUAAACGAAAUUUUACACAACAUUCUUCAACUGUUUAAUGCACUAAUAAUGCUGUCUUUCAUUCCGCUCUUGUAAAGAGGCAAAACUUAUGGCAGCAAAAGUAUUUAAAUUGAAAGUUAGUUGGUGCUUUGAAAAGAUUUAUAAUGAAGUUUUUGAUGAUUCAGAACCACAUUCCUCAACUCUCUCACUCUUUUUUUUUAUGAAAGUUUAUAAAUAUGAUUCUUCCAGUAAGGACUUUUCAUGUUAUGCUCUCUAUACUAACAAAAAAUUUUAGAAACGCAUAUUAUUUUGUAUUGUUAAUAAAUGGCCUAAAAACAAUACUACUCUAAUUUAUUUUCAUGUAAUUACUCAUUUAAUAUCUUCUUGAGUAAAACAAUUCUUUUUCUUUCACCUUUCUUUUUAUUCUAUCAACUAGUGGUAGUAGCCAGUGGUAGCCCAAACUACUAUGAAUUUCUUGAAUUUAAGAAUACAUAAAAUAUUACCUACUAUAUCUAAUAAGUAACCAGCUACAUUUCAAGAAUGCAUUAUGUUACCACAAUUCCUUUUAAAAAAAUGUAUAAAAGUAUAAAAAUAUUUAAAUAAAAUACUGCAUUUACUAAGGAAUGUAUCUUCCAUGUUUCACCAGAUAAUUUUUAGGAUGUAGUUUCUCAAAUAAUUAUUGCAUCUUCAUAUCAUUUUCUAAAACGCUCUUAAUAUUCAAUCUGAGUUCAACAUUUCAUUAGGUUUUCAAAAAUAUUUCUUUUUUGUUAUUCAGUCACGUAUAACCUCUUAAAUUUUCAUCAUUCUACUAAUAUUUUAUUUAAUUUAUGUAAAGAAUUUUAGAUUACGAUUAUAGAGUAUUUCAGAUCACAUUUUUAGUCAAUUUUUUCGACCAAAGUUCAUUCACUUUAUUUAAAAUACAUUAAAUAAAUGUCGAUUUAGUAGUUGUAUUAAUUUAAUCUACGUAGGAAUGGAUGAAAUUUGCGAGAAGUUAGAAAGGCGCACAAUUUAUUGUUUGUAACUGUCAAAUUCAAGUAAUCUGUAGCCAGACAGAAUAAAUUUUCUAGUGAGCGACAUGCGAUCGAUUCGUAGCCCUUGACGUAAAAGUGUAAAAGAAAACUAUUUAUUUUAUAUCGAGUUGCUAUCUAUGUGUGAUGUUGAAUUAUUUUGAAUUGGUUGUUAAACAUAUUAUGAUAAUAAGAAGAAAAAUAUCCGAUAUUUUUCAUUAUUCUAUAUUUGAUAGUAGAUACACUUUUUACUGAAGAACUUGUAAAAUGUUGCUGUCAUCAGAGAGAGUUCAAAAAAAAAAUAAAUAAAUGGUAGCGCAGAUAGAUUUAAUUCGUGCGAGGUAUUGCCUAAGAAUGUGGAGCGAGUACCUGAGGCUGAUGACGAAUCCACACAUUUGAAGAUCUGUACAAUGUACAUAGCAUAUCAACUCAAACAGAAGUCAUUCCUGCUUGAAGAUUUUAUUAUUCUCGUCACCAGAUGGCGCGACGGCGGCAUAACCUUAUUUCAAGCACAGCUUUCGCCUUAAUUUCUACUAUAUAUAAUAAAUAUAUAUAAUCUAUAGAAAUGAUAUAUUUGCAUUCUCUGCUUCACAUGGCAGCAUAAUGGCUUGUAACCUGUAGUGAAAAUUCGAGCGAGUGUUCUUAAGGGAAGCCUCAGUACUGAGACGUUGGGAAAAAUAAAGGAAUCGUUGUGUUCAUGCUGCGAAGCAUUACGCCGUUGAGGACGUUUCUGACACUGGCAUGGUUACAUUGACAAAUACAUUUUAAAAUGGCUUUAUUAAGGAAAAAACUAAUAAGAAAAAUUUACAUUUGCGGAAGUAUCGCAGACGAUUUAAUGAGGUACAAUAACCUAGCAAAAUAACAAUACAAUAACAUGUCGUCUUAAACUGUGGGUACAAAGCUGACACCUAAUACGUAUGAUUUAGCAUAAUCUAUUAAUUCAAAUCUCAAACCACACGUAAAAGAAUAAUGACGAAUUAAAAUUUAAUUGUUAAAGUAAAUCAUGCUAAUGAAAAUUAAUAGAAUUCUAAUUGCAGUUAAUUUCUGGCAGAUUGUAUAAGAACUAGAAAUUGAAGAAAACACUUCAGCGCUUAUUAUAAAUAUUUAAAACGUUCUUUUACAUUCAGAACAGAAAUACUGUUAAAAGUAUCUGCUAUCUAUUAUGUACACAUAACAGUCAAAAAUGUAGCUAUCAACAAACCGUUUAAAAUGUAAGCGAGUAAUUUAAAAAGCACUCGAAGAAUCUCUAGAAAUAUUGUGUUACAUCCUUCCGAGUUUAGACGUAAAAUUAAAAUUUUUAUUAUUAAUAAAUAAAAAAUAUGUUUUACUAUAAUAACACUGAAAAAAAUUUGACCCAUGAAUUUUGUUCUAGGGCACGACUUUUAGGUCAGGAUAAGUAAUGAAAGAAAAUUUAUCAGUUGUAAAACAUUAACUAAUUUUUCAAAAUUUAUCAAGAAAAUUCGUAUCGAAUAACAUAUUAACUGCUAAAAACUCUUCUAGGCAUGCACUUUGCAUUAUACAUACAAGGACAAUUGGAAUAACAACAGCGUGAAUUUAAAAUUUCGAAGCUAUUGAAAUAGCAUAGACUGAAUUAAAGUUGUGAUUUGUAAUUGUUAUUAAAUUUUUAUAGAAAAACUAUGGCAGAAUAGCUAUUACCCAGAAGGCACAGCAAUCACACAAAGUAUCUUAAAUCUUACGACCUUUCACGUUAAUUUAACGGAGCAAGCAAUGCAAUUCACGAUAUGUAUAAAACGUCGCAUAACAAAAAGACCGCACAGUUUUGCCCUUGUGUUUUGCUAUUUGAUAGAAUUUAUAUGGGGGUUUUGAACACAGCAAGAUAGAAUUUACUAUCACACCAACAGUAAAUUUGCAAUUGAAAUGUUUACAAAACACAACACUUACAAAUAUACAGGGUGUUUAUAAAGUCCCGGACCCAUUUUGAUGUUUAAUAACUCAUAAAAUAAUAAAGAUAGAUUAAAAUUAAUCACAUAAAUGGUUAGAUAGACUCAAAAAGUUUCAUGACCCUUGUCAAUGAACUUUCACAUGUUCCCCCUUCGUCGCACGGAGAAUAUCAAGUCGGUAUUCAAUUUCACGGCAGGUACCGGCAAGCAUGUCGGUAUCCACAGAGGUUAUUGCGGUUUAAUUCUGGCUUUUAGGUCAUCAAUAUUCGACACUCUCCUCCUGUAAACUAUGCCCUUUACAAAUCUCCAAAGGAAAACGUCCAUAACAUUGCAAUAGUUGCCAAAAACAAAAGAGAGAAAAAUGCAAUUAAUAAGCAGACGAUAUUUAGAAAAGUACAGAUAUUUAGACUGUAAAAUGAAAUUACCUGAAAAAUAACCACAUGCGCAGACGAUAUUUACAAAAAUAAAGAUAUUCAAACCUGAAAAAUAAAAUAAAUAAGUUAUUCCAUCAAUAAAAAUGCCAUAAGUUUGUUCAUAUCUUCAUUAUUUUAUGAGUUAUUAAACAUCAAAAUGGGUCCGGGACUUUAUAAACACCCUGUAUAUCUACACAUAAAAUAAAGCGUACUUUACAUUAAAAGAAUUAUUUAGAUCUUUCAUUUUAUACCAUAUAUAGAUUUCUUUUAUUAUUCUUUUGGUCACCCUAUUUUAAUUUUACGACUAUAUACUUAAGUCUUUGCUUUAAAUAUGAUAAUCUUAACUCCGCCUGACUUUUUCUCUAAAAACAUUAACUGGUAAAAUUGGCCGUUCACUACAAGAGCUUUUCGAAACAUAUUACAAGACUUAUCUUCAAAGACCAUCAGCUUUACUUUUAGUAAUUAGGCGAGGCGUUCCAUACUAGUUGCAAAAUAAUGAUCAUAUUUCGCAGAAAACACAUCAAUCCUCGCUCUGAAUUCUAAAAUAAAACAUAUUUUCUCUUUUAUGCAACAAAGAUUCAUAGCAUUCAUUAUUUCGCGCCAUUAUUUUGAUGACGUUUAAGACACGGCUGCAGUAGAAAUAAGAAAAACAUUCGCUCAGCAGUAGUUCCAUAUCACUAAUGACCCGUAAGGGUUUAAAAAUAAAGAAAAACUAUCAGUUAAUAAAUGGGACCUGCCAGUGUCCCAAACGCCAUUUAUUAAUUUAUUCCACCCAAAUCUUGUUAGCAACGUUAAAAUCGAAAGUAUGCAUUAAAUCCGCUUAUUGUAUUGAAUAAGCAAAAUAUCUUUCGACUGUUUUAAGAAUAAAAAAUAGAAGGUAUAUAAAUAUUGUUUUUGAGAAAUAGCGACAGAAGCUAACAAGAACAAUCAAACUAUCUAGUUGAAUGUUUGUUUGAUUUUAAAAGAAUAUUUAAAAUGUAAAUCAUUAAGAAUUUUAAAAAAACAGUUCGUUCGAAUGCUUAACGGUUAAGAACAUUACGUCACCACCGAACGUAAGGAAUGGGGUCAUCAAAAUGGCGUCCGCGUUACAAGUUACUUGAGUUGGAUGCUUCUGUUUCGUUUUAUCUUCUUUUAUUUCGUUCACUAUUCUUUUUGGAAAUAUCAUAGUUCAGCUUUUCACAGCAGCAGUGAGUUACGUGGCCUUUUUCUGGUUGUUUUUAUGCUAAAUAUCUUUUCCUUCAAUGGAACUGUUUUAUUGCGCAACGCUGCGCGGACGUGUUAUCUAGAUACCCGAGAGAGUGGAUAAAAAUAAAUAUAUAUAAAAAUAGCGGUGGUGGCUGAGGACUUGUUGCUCUGUGGGGUGCCAUGUGAUUUAGUACGAGCUUAAUCUUUUUUGGUGGCAUUUUCCAUCCUAGUAGAAGCAGAUUUGAUAAUGGUUAAGACGCAGUGGACUAGCUUAAAUUCUCAUAUACCAUUAUACUUGUACCCUAAUGCUUAUCUUCUGAGAAUAAAAGCCAACCUUUGAAAAAAA